CGGAGGCUAGGAGGGAAAAAAAAAGACAGAGAGACAGGAGUAGAGGAAGAGAAGAAGAGAAGAGGAGAGGAGAGGAGAGAAGGGAGAAGAAGAGGAAGAACACAGAACGGACAGAGGAUAACCAGGGAAAACGAUGGAGAUGGGGAGGCCAAAGUUCUCGGAUAUCCGCUUGGAGGCGAGGAUCAGUAAGUGCAGGGAGCCAGAAAGAGGGGAAAGGAGAAAAGGAGAGCGCUGGAACACCACGGCGGGGAUCUGCGUUCUGAUCUUGAUCUUUUCCUGUAUUGUGGAUAGAUAGAGAGGAUUUAUUUUACUAUUUUAAAGAUAAUGGUGAGUCUUGUUUUCUACGGGGAAAGUCUUCUAUUAAUCUAGCCUUGUGGUUGUGGUGAAACUAGUCAAUCGUCCAUGCGGAGUCACAAUCUACUCCGUAUCAGCGAAAUCAGGUUUAUCGGGAGCUCU